CUGUUCGUGGAGGAUGUUGGCUUUCGCUAACUGGUUGAGCACCUCGAGCCCAGGUACACACUACCAAGUAGGUGUUAUUUUUCAGAUGUUGCCCUACCGGAAUUACACAGUAUUGUUAAAACGCACAACCAUUAACUACUUUCUAUGGCUAUCACUGCUAUUCGCUUCACGACUGACAUUUGGACCAGCAAUGUCAGCCCCAUGAGCAUGCAGAGUAUGACAGCACAGUGGGUCUAAGAGGAUUUCGUACUGAGGAAAGUUGUAUUGCAUGCUCAAGAAUGUGAUGGUUCUCAUACCGCUGCUGCCAUAUUUGAGAACAUGUUUGAAACAUGAACACAAUCCUAGCUCCGUUCGAGAAAUAAGCUCAUCAACUGGGUCUGCAGCAGAUGUGAUACCCUUUGUCAUGGCAUUGAAAAGCCUGCUCAACAAAACUGCAGAGACAGACCGUGGGGUUAAUACUUGCAAAAGUACCCGACUGGAGGCUGUGAACAAGCGAUUCGGAGGCAUUCUCUCAGAGCCUCUUUACUGUGUCGCCACCAUGCUCGAUGCUAGGUACAAGGGCCGCUACUUCGAUACAGACAAGAAAUAGGGUUUAUGUGAAAUGUUAGACACAGCUGGACAAGAUGGAAACGGUCACAGUGACAGUGCGCACCGAGGAAGAGGACCCAUGUUUCAGCUGUCUGGUCCGUGGCCUCUUCUGACAUCACUGCUUGACAUCUAUGAUGAAAUCCUGGUUGAGAAUGAAACGACUGAACAACAUAACAGCACCGCAAGUCACCACAAAGGGAGCGGGGCUAAACCCCAAUGCCAAAGUCUGGCAGGAGAUCCCUGUGCCCCAGAGCCAAGUCCCAGAGGACGGCACGGAGGGCACCCACUGGCUGGAGACUACCCCCACUUCUGCUGAUGUCACUGAGGGCUAUUCAGAGGCUCCCCCAACUGAGGAUAAGGGAUACGGCACAGAGUACUCAGACCCGUCAGACAGUAGUGCCCGUUUACCCACAGAGGGUGUACUGAACGGCAUGGAUCCCCCUGAGCUGGGGUACCCCCUCUAUGACUCUGUGACUGAGUCAGCAGUGGAGGAACAGCAGCCGCUCUCUGAAGAGAGCCUGAGAGAGGCUCUGAAGAAACAGCUGGAGUUUUGCUUCUCAAGAGAGAAUCUGUCCAAGGAUCUGUACCUGAUGUCCCAGAUGGAUAGUGAUCACUUUGUCCCCAUCUGGACCAUCGCCAGCAUUGAGGGCAUCAAGGUCCUCACUACCGACAUGGACCUCAUCCUGGAGGUACUACGAGCCUCGCCCAUGGUGCAAGUUGACGAGAUGGGGGAAAAGGUUCGGCCCAAUCACAAGCGCUGCAUCAUCAUUCUGAGGGAGGUGCCAGAGACCACACCUGUAGAGGAAGUGGAGGCCCUCUUUAAGAAUGAAAACUGUCCCAAGGUGAUGAGUGUUGAAUUUGCGGCCAACAACAACUGGUACAUCACAUUCCAGUCGGACACUGAUGCACAGCAGGCACACAUAUAUCUAAGGGAAGAUGUGAAAACGUUUCAGGGAAAACCCAUCAUGGCUCGUAUCAAGGCCAUCAACACAUUCUUUGCGAAGAAUGGCUACCGUAGUGUACCGAACUCCAGUGUGUACAGCCAGCAGGGCCAGUCCCAGUAUAACUCAACACACCUCUACAUGCAGCAGGUAUUCAGCCCCCAGCAGCAGUACCCACUCUACCCCCUGGUGCCACCCACCUGGAACCCAUCGCCUGCCCCUUACUUCCAGACCCCGCUGGCCCCGUUCCCCAACAGUGGCUUUGUGAACGGCUUCAGCACCCCUGGGAACUACAAGACUGGCACCAGUCCCUUGGGCCUCGGACGACCGCCCUUCAACAGAAACCGUGUCCCCCUCUAUUCUAGAAAGAAUGUAAUCAAUGCCUUCAGGAACCACGCGAAGAGCCAGCCCCGGCCAUGUGACGAGACCCCUCCUCCCUCUGUUACCCCCGUAUCCCCCCUGGUGGAUGGCCUGUCGGGCCCCUCCAGCGCUCUUCCUCCCCGGGCGGCAGGGGCUCCCCUGGGUAGCACCCCCGAGCCUGGCCCUGUGCCCCCCACCCUCAGGGACACCCUGCCACUGGCUGCAGAGGGGAUGCCCAAUGGAGACCUGGGCAUUGCUGGCAGGGGCAGGAGAGGCAGCUACAGAGGGAUGCGGAGGAAGAGAGAGGACGAGAGGAUCACGAGGCCCAUCCCUCUGAGAGAGAUAAAGGUUCCACAGCCCAAGUUUGACCUGGCGACCUCCAACUUCCCUCCAUUGCCUGGGUGUGUGGUCAGCACGCAGGGAGAGCCCGUGCUAGAGACUCGCAUGUCUGAUGUGGUUCGAGGCCUCAAGGUGACCAGCGACAAGCCUGAUGUGAAUAAGGAGUCUGUGGCCCCUCCUGCUAGUGCCCAAAAGGAGGCUGUGAGUGCGCCCAGUCAGGUCAUGCCGGCCCACAAACCCCCCACCCCUCUGGUUGUGGAACCCCUUGUUCCAAGUGUUGCUCAUCCGGUGAAGAAAGUGGAAAAGCCUGAGCCUCAUGUCCAAAAAGAGAUGGCUCCACCCCCCAUACCACCCUCUUCUCUGCCAACCCCCUCACAGCCCGCCGCUGCAACCAAACCUACGCCCACCCACAGUCAGUCCAUCUCCACGGCAACACCAUUUCCCGCCACUACCACACCUGCACCGGAGUCAAGGAAACUGAGCUAUGCUGAGAUGUGCAAGCGGCCAGCCACCCAGCCCCCAGCGCCAAGCACCUCCCCAAACCCUCCCACCUCCCCGGCCAGCCAACCCCUGCGUGAACUGCGGGUCAACAAGGCCGACGAGCCCGCCACCACCUCCAGCAGCGAUGGGGAUAGGCCUGAGAAACCCGAGCGGCCUGGAGAAGGCCAGCCCCACCUUGAUCCCCUUGGCUCAUACUGUGGGGUUAAUGGCCCUGCCCGAUCCGGAGGGAUGGGCCUAAAGUACCGGGAUCAGCAGAGAGGUGCGUCCAUGAGCCGCCGCAUCUCCCCCCAGGGCUGGGCCAGACGGAGUGGGAAGGAACAGAACAUUCCCCCCCGGUCACCAAAGUAGUUUAAACAACAACCAACAGACUAACAGAAAAACAAACACAAAUCUAUAUACGUGUGUGUAUAUAUAUGUAAAGAGAUAAAUAUAUAUAUAUAUAUAUAUAUGUUAUUGGAUGAAAGAACACGUUCGCGUUCUUCAUCUUAAAGACCCCCCUGAAGCUCGGUCGGACAUCCGCUGACCUUUGUUUAGGAAAGACUGCAAGCGGUAAUCAUUUUAAGAGGGGGCCGACACGAGUGUUACAAAUCAUAAACUGAAGGACUUGUUUGAAAGAAUAGCGAGAGAUGCUUACAUGCUGCCUCACAUUGGUUAGCUUGAAGGCUGGGCCCUCCACUGCUAAAUCUAUGUUCAUUUGAUUUCUGUCAGUGGGGGAUGGGGGACAAAUGUACAGUAAUGCCUUGUAUCACCAGAAUACUGGUAGUUGCAAAGGGGGAAAAAAAGAAAAGAGCUGUUAGCAAAUCUAGUCAUUAUGCGACACAGCAAAAGAUGUGGACAUCCACCAAUAUGACAUCGUUAUGAGUUGAUACAUAUGAUGCAAUUUGUUGUUGGAGGGGUUGGCAAGUGAUUAUUUUGGCGAAGGGCUAAGGAUAGCUCAUAAAAUGUGUUUUUAUGUAGGUUGGAAGCGAGCGGGCCACAUGGUUUUAGAGAAGUGCCUGUUUUGAACUGUUCUGAGAGAUGGAGUGAGUUGGGAAGCCUGUCAAGCUGCACUUUCUUUUAGGUGAAGAAACAGUCUUGGAUGCCUGUCAGCUAAGAGUCUGGAAUUAUUUUGUGUUCAGAAUCAAUGGGAAAAUAUGAAUUUAUUAGAAUCAAUGAUUUUAUUUUCACGGUUGAUGGAAACUUUUGGUAUACCCUUGCUUGAGUAGGACAUUAAAACCUUUACGAUAAUGGUGAUUGGAUACCGUGCAAAUGUGGGGAAAAGUUUGGAUAGUCAGGCUGUCGGUCACUGAAUUGUUAUAUUUUCCACUCUCCAUUUCCUAUUACUUUGAAACUUAUGGUUAAAUGUUUGAGUUGUUGGUCCCAACUGUCUGCCAAUCCUGUUUAGUUAAAAUAUGCUUUGGUUGGUUAAUGACGAUUGCGCCAACCAUUAGUGCAUAAUCUCUCCAUCCAGGUUCAAGUUCAGUAGUCCCAAGGUACUUGCAGAAGUUUUCCUAUACGAACUGCUUGCUUUUGUUUUUUUAAGUGGUUUGCUACAGUGUGUUAUGAACAUGACCCACCAAUCCAUUGGUUGGGAUUUGAGUGGAUCAGGAAGUGUUGUCAUGGGUAACAGCUCAUGAGAAAGGGAGGAGUCUUCCCUUAGUGAAGGUAUUUGGUAGUUGAGGCAGUCAGCACUCGCAUUGUAGACACCUGACACGUUCAGUUAUCAUGAAUUUGACCAUUUUAUACGUAGCCUUUUUAAAGGGGCAGUCUGCAGUUGCUACAUUCAUUAUUGGACCUAUUAUUAAUUUAUGUACCAAUUUGAUUCUUCAAGUAUCAAAGCUUUGUUCCACUGUCAUACCCCAUCAGAACCCAAAAUAUAAGCCUGUUUUACUCCAAUGUUUGUAAACAGUAAAUGCAGGAUAAAUCUAUAUAGCCUCAAAACAUGGUUAAAACUGUCAUUUUUAUGCAUCCAUAGCUCAGUCUAUGAAUUUGAGCUGUUACAUUUCUCCAACCCCAUCCCUCAGCUUUUUACUGUAACAGGGUAGGGAGAACACUUUGUUUCAACUGCUGAUUGUCCUUUUAAGAAGAGUAGUUUUAAUUAUUUGUCUUGCAUAAAAGUUUAACCUGUUGUAUUAAUAUGUACAAUUAAUUGUACCUAUGUGGUCAAAUGCAGGAUACCGGCGUUAACAUAUACCUUCCUAUUUAUGUCUUGAUGGAACAGGUGGUCUUUAUCAUCAAAUAGAAACCUUUCCACCCCAGAUAUCUGGCCAUUUCAACAUGCCAUCAUAUCUGUGCAACAUGUUCCAGAGUAGUCUGCCAUGCAUUUUGGUAGCUCUUGUAUCAUGUAGAAUAGGUUAGAUUGUAUUUUAUAGAGUAGUAAUGGGAUCCCAAGCAUGAAACUAGUCUUUGGUACUUUGUAUUUGAGCUUGCUCAUUUUAAAAUGGCCUGAAUUCUGAAGUCAAGUAAACGUACUCAGUUCUCAUUCUCUUAUUUGUUAGCAUCAGGAAUGAAUCUAUAAAGGAGCUUACUGGUUUAGAGCAGCGAUCACUGGAAUUGUACGUUUUUAAUGCAAAUAAACUUCUUCUUUUUUUCCCCCAGCAAGAGUCCGGUUAGUGUUCUGACUUCUCAAUUUGAGUUGAUGACAUGCAGUACCGAACCUGUCCCAGUAUGAGAUUAGGGGUGGCCAGUGGAGACUUCCAGGUGUGUUGAUAACAUGCAGUACCGAACCUGUCCCAGUAUGAGAUUAGGGGUGGCCAGUGGAGACUUCCAGGUGUGGUGUUGGUAGGUGUUUAGUGCUUAUCGUGUACAGAGGGCUAUUUUCUUGUCCGUGAAAUGCUGUCGAACUCUGAUCAUGUCCGUUUUGGGGUUAUCCUUUUUCAAUGUUGCCGUUGAUUCAUUGAGCAGAGAUUCUGAAGGGUGAUAAUGAUGAGUCAUGUUAUUUUGGGAUGGGAUUGAGGGCAGAGCGACUGUCGGAUAUUAGAGUUUUGGUGUCUGGCUAACUCAUAGGAUUAUGAUUUAGCUGCGUUUUUCCCCUUGUACAUUUCACUUUUGGAUUUUCUCUUUACUGUUUGAAGAUUUUAAUGCAUAUCUCAUGAUUUUUUAAAAAUUCUGUACACGUCCAUUGUUUGAAAAAUGGAAGUUUGCGUAAUAUUAGGAGAGCUGACUUGACAUGGGAGGCAUCAGCCUUCAGAUCUGUUCCUUUUCUAUGCGCCUGCAAACUCAUAAUUCAGCCUUUGUAUUAAUGGAUUGAACACUAUCCAGACCAUAAAUGUAUAGAGAUCAUUAUGUGAAAAUAACUUUUUUUUGCAUGGACAUUGCCAUUUUAAAGUAGUCAACUGGGUGGGGAUUCCUAUGGAUUGGGAGCAAUCAACCAAUUAUCAGAGCAUUGACCGCCAACUAGCGGCCACAAGAAAUGAAUUACUCAAGAUUUGUUUCUAGACUGGUGGUAAGUUGCCAAUUUUAGCUUUACAAUUUUUUCCAAUAUCAGAAGAAAAUUGACUACUUUAAAUGGAGAUGGCCUCAUUGGCACAGAUACAACAUUGUGAUCUCUGAUCCAGACCAAAGUCAAGCAGGCAAAAAGACAACCUUGGGAACUUGCUCCAACACAACUGUUUCUGGGUGGGAUGUGGAGAACUCGUAACCCUCCUACUGUUGGAUGGAAAAGCUGUCAGUUAAUUGAUAAUGCUCCCUGUCUCUUGAUUGGCCAGUUAUGCUUGAUUAAUGUAGUCCUAUUUGAGGGAAGGCCACUUGUGUAGGUGGUCUGAAUGUUCUUGUACAGAUUUUGCGCCUAGAAGGCUAAUCUUUGGUCAGGUUUUUUUUCCCUCCCUCUUAUUAGUAAGCACAUUUUUAGAUUUGAGUAAAUCUUUUGAAAGAGUUCCUCAGUUUGACUUUAGUUUUUUUUAUGUACUCUGAUGUACCCUUUUUCUUUCAAUGCAUUUAAUUUUGUUUUUGUGUUUUUCCCAAAAUAUGUGUGUGUAGUAUUUCCAAAACUGUUAUCUGAUUUGCUACUUGGGUAAAGUGAGAAUUGGGUGCACUGCCUGGGUGCUAGCAGUGCAGUGACAUGUUAUCUAUCUAACCACUGGGCCUAUGUUGUUUUUUAUAUUUUUACAUCCAUUAAUGGCUAAGUUAAGAGCAGCUAGUGGUGUUGUGGAAUGAAAUGCACUAACUUUUGUUUGAAAAUAAUCUCUUAAUCCUGUAAGGUGUAAAAUCAUUUUAGAUGUCUACAUUGAAGAAAAGGUGUUUAGCAGGUUUGCUGAAAUUAUUACAGGAAUAUGGUUUUAUUUUUCUUUAACUGUUUUGAUUAGUUUUUGUAGCACUUCCCUGCUGGGACAAAGUCGUUGGAGGGGGUGCAGCUGGGACAUGGUAACGUACGAGGGUGGGAUGUGAGACACUGAAUUACUGAUUUAAUAGAUGUCUGAACAAAAACUUAAAAGAAUAAUAAAGUACAAAUAUUUCUUGUUUUUGCCUUCGA